CAAUCAUAAUACUCGUUUAAUUUUUUGCAUGUCAUCAAAUAAACUAUCAUAAUCAUUAUAAUUUACAUCAAGAAUUGAUCCAUCAUUUUUCUAUUGAUUAAUAAAUAUGGAUCGUAACAUUUGUUUCAUAAUAUUUGCCAUAUUUGUUGCAUAUACUGCAAGAGAUUUAUUCUUCAAAUCUUAUCAGCCAUCAUCACAAGCGGAUGCAAUCGAUUCUGUUAAAAAAGAAAUUCCAUCCAUGUCAUUCCGACAGCAAAUGCCAACAAUAAAAAUUCUUUAUUGUUAUUCAUGCGGUUACCAAAGAGCAUUUGAUGAAUAUCGUAAAAUGAUUAUGGAUCAAUUUCCUGAUUUAACUGUUAUUGGUUCAAAUUAUAAUCCAAGCUUUCUAAAAAGUAAACUUGCUCAGUUAAUAUCAAUUACAAAAAUGAUUGUCAUUGCCUUGUUGGUGGCUAAUGUUAACCCUUUUGCUUAUUUUGGUUUACAAACACCACAAUUUUGGGAAUGGAUGCGUCAACAUAAAUUGUAUGCCUGUAUGAUGACGUUUUUCCUUUCCAAUACAUUGGAAAGUCAAUUAAUGUCUAGCGGAGCAUUUGAAAUAUUUUACAAUGAUGUUCCAAUUUGGUCAAAAUUAACAACCGGCCGUAUUCCAUCGGCGAAUGAAUUAAUCGAUAUGAUUGAUAAUCAACAUAAAUUUUUCCAAACUGAAACAUUUAGUGGUGGCGGUAGUGGUGAUCAUUUAACAUCGCAUACAAUAACUGGUCGUACUUUAUAGAUUGUAUACAUACGCAAACAAACAAACAACGUCCGGCCAAAACACAAAGCCGUUAUGCCUGUUUGUAAAUGUCUUUCCAAAAUUUUCCGUUUUCAUUUUUGUCCAUGGAAUUUAUAUUU